AUGCCAGUGUCUUGCAGAGAAAUUAGUGAAGGAACUUGCAAGGAUGUGGUGCUCAGUAAAGUGCUCAAUUAUGUCACUAAUGGCUGGCCUAAAGAGUGCAAUGAUGAGAAAUUGCAGGAAUAUUUUACAUGUAGAAAUGAAGAUAAGCUUGAAAAGUCACUAAGUUUUCUGCAGCAACAGAUGGAGGAGGUCUUCAGGAGUCAGAAUGAAGAAGAAGCAAAUAUGAUCCAACUCAAGAAAAUGGCAGAGAGCCUCGAGCAGAACAUUGCUGCCGAGUUCACGACAUUGCACCAAUUCCUCAAUGAUGAAGAGGAACUGAUGAAAGGGAAGCUGAAGGAAGACGUGGAGAGGCUCUCCAGGCUGCUGAGGGAGAACCUGCAAAGAAUUACUGAGAAGCGGGCAUCCAUCGAGUGUACAAUCCUCGAAAUCCAGCAAAGGCUCGAUGUCCAGGAAACUGCCUUCCUCGCGGAUGUUAAAUCCCUAAUCGAAAGGUCCUACGUGAAGUUUAAGAAACCAGCUGAGGUUCCUCUCAACUUGCUUCUUGGUGAGUUUGGCGGCCCCCUGCAGCUCAUCGUGUGGAGGCGGAUGUUAAGCGUCAUCAGUCCAGUGCCGGCCGCCCUGACCCUUGAACCCAACACGGCACACCCCGAGCUCCUGAUCUCCGAAGACUUGAGGAGCGUCCGGCUCAGCGACACGUGGCAGGACCUGCCCGACAACCCCGAGCGGUUCGACGACUGCGUCAGCGUGCUGUCCGCCCAGGGCUUCGAGGCGGGCCGCCAUUACUGGCAGGUGGAGGUGGGCAGCAAGACAAUGUGGGAUGUGGGCCUGGCCAAGGAGUCGGUCAGCCGCAAGGGGAACAUCAUCCUGUCGCCCGAGGACGGCUUCUGGACCAUUUGGCUGCGCAACGGCAACGAGUACGAGGCCCUGUCCACUCCCUCGGCCUUCCUCUCCCUCCGGGCCAAGCCCAAGACGAUUGGGGUCUUUUUGGACUAUGAGAAGGGUCAAGUCUCUUUCUACAAUGCCGAUGACAUGUCCGUCAUCUAUACCUUCACUGACACAUUCAACGAGAGACUCUUCCCUUACUUCAGCCCAGGGGAGAGCGAUGGGGGUAAAAACGCAGAGCCACUAAAACUUUGCCUACUCCGCUUAUAG